ACUCUUCCAAAUUCAAAAAACAUUUUAAGCAUCAGACAUGCAAUAUAUUACGAAAAUCGAACGAAAUCUAACUACACAAUUUUAAUUUAAAAGUUGGGGUUUUUCAGCACACCGAAAAGCGAGAAUUGCCAUUAAGAUUAGUCAUCAGGGACUUUGGCAACUGGUUAAAAUAAAGACAAGACCAUUUAAAAUCCACCCAUAAUCCAUUCAUUUCCCACUUGGGUUGGUUCCCUUUUUCUUAUUCUUCUCCUCCUCCUCCUUCAAUUCCAUUUCCAAGAACCAAUUUUUAAAAAAUUUCAACUUUUCCUCUUCAAAAUCUUCACAACCUGAUUCUCUCCAAUCUUCCUUGCUUUCUGUGCCUGGAAAUGGAGAAUUAUAGAUCUCAAUCAACAAGGGAAGGAAGGAAUGGAUAUGGAGUUGGAGAUUGGUCAGCAUCAGCAUCAUCUUCAUCAGCAGGGCAAGCUCCAUAUCCAACUAGUAUGCAGGAUUUGAGGAGUUACAGCACUUCUUAUGCUUCUUCAUAUGUCCAGCCUCCAUCUCAACAGCAACAACAACCAGCCCAGAUGGAUUUCAACACCAAAAUGAAGAAAGCUGGCAAAAGCAGGGUGGCCUCUUCAAAGAGCUGGGGAUUCAGUGAUCCUGAACUGCAGAGGAAGAAGAGAGUUGUGAGUUACAAGGCUUAUGCCAUGGAAGGAAAAGUUAAAGGGUCUAUCAGAAAGAGUUUCAGGUGGAUCAAAGAUGUGGUUCAUGGUUUAUGGUGAUAUACUUACUAAUGUGUUUCCCCCCCAGUCUUUCAUUUCUUAUUAGUACUACAUUUUGAUGAUGAGUUUAUUGUUGGGAGAACAGAGGAAAAAGGAAGACAUUGUUUAGUUUUGGUUAGUAUUUUGGGCUAUGAAGUAUGAAGUUCCAUUUUAGCAGUUUCCAAAUUGGCCGUAAGAUCCUGAUGCAGUAAACAAAGCUGUAGUUUUUGAUUUGGUGGAGUCAGAAAUCAUCUCGAAUGGAACUCUUUGUGUUGUAUUUUCAUUAUGGCAAUUAGUUUAUUUCAUUGUUCUUGCUCUUUUCUUUAACCUUUAAUUUUGAUUUGGACACAUAUAUAUUUUUUCCCAAUCCUCAAUCUAUUCUUUUCUUCAUUCCCCUGAUAAUGUAGUUAUGAAUCUGGAUACCUACCUUCUCAUCUUUUGAUCUCAUCCUGUGUAGUGUGCACAAAUGACAUUGAAGGCUUGAUAAUGAACUUCAAAAUGGAUGAUCUUUUUUAAUCUUCUCUUGGGUUUGGAUAAACAACAUUCAAUCAAGGCAAGAAGAAAUCCUUGCCUUCCAUCAUGUAUGAAAUACCAAUUUGUAUAAAUUAUGGAUGAAUGUCAAAGUGUCAAGGCCUCAGGAGGUGUUCUAUUUCUGCAAAUCCAGGCAACCAUUUGGAACUUGGAGUAAAGCUCUGAAAAUCAUGUAGUAAAUUAUAAUUAAUGUGCUUCAGGCCAAAAACAUUGCUGGAAAUAUGGCUUCUUGCUUACUGUCUUCAUUAAAGUAGGUGAAACAAAAACAACACUCUUCCCUGUGUUCAUGUUCCUUAGCUGUCUGCUCUUUGCCAAUAUUAAAAUAUUUAACUACUCUUCCACGUAUACUAGUACUUUUGUUGUUCAUGAACACAGGGAUUUCGUGGAUUUCAGCAACAGUUACAUGGAUUUUUCGCAGCCCGGAUCAUCUUGUAUUUCCUCACCUAUGGUGCAGUGAUUUGUUCAAGAAAAAA